AACAGAAAGAUCCACCGUCUUCUAGUUGCUGCCGACGGGGAAAAGGAAAACCCAUAGGCACCCGUUGCUUAUCUAUCUAGAGUAGAGGAGAGGAGACCAUGUGCAAGUCCAGCUCAGACGCUCUCCCAACCACCACCACCACCGUUCCUUCUUCCUCUCGCCGCCGCCGCCGAUCCCCUUCCACCGCCACCGCAUCCUCCUCCUCCACCUCCUCGGGACCCCGCCACACCGCCACCUCAACAACAACAACAAACACCGCCUCCACCUCCUCCUCCAGGUCGAGGUCCAGCCGCUCCAGCCUCGCCGCGGCGCGCGCCUCCCUGCCGGACCAGCCCGUCCUCUACACCUUCCAGGAGCUCGCCGCGGCCACCAACAACUUCCUCGCCAAGCGAGGCUCCUCCGACACCUUCUGGCGCUGCUCCCUCCGCUCCAGCCCCGCCGCGCUCUUCCAGCUCCGCCCGCUCCCGCUCCUCACGCCCGCUGCCGCCUCCGCCGCGCUCGCCCGCGUCGCGCGCUACCACCACGCCAGCCUCGCGCGCCUCCUCGGCGCCUGCCCCGCCGGCGCCCACGUCUACCUCGCCUACGCCCUCCCCACCGGCGCCUGCACCCUCGCCGCAUACCUCUCCUCCUCCUCCACCUCCUCGUCCUCCCGCGCCGGCAGCAGCACCAGUAGAAGCGUGGUCCUCCGCACGUGGCUGUCGCGCGUGCAGGUGGCCGUGGACGUGGCGCAGGGCAUCGAGUACGCGCACGCACACGCCGACGCCGCGCACGGCCGCGUCUCGCCGUCGGCCGUGCUCCUCGUCCCCGACGCCCACGGCGGCCAGAGCGUGCGCGCCGUGCUCACCCACUUCGGGGCGGGCCACUUCGCCGCCCCAGACGACGACGCCGACGCCGAAGCCGACAACCAGGAGCAGCCGUCCAAGGGAAAGGCGGCGGACGUGCGCGCGUUCGGGGUGCUGCUGCUGGGGCUGCUGUCGGGGGAGGCGGCGGAGAGCCGUUACCGGUUCGACCGCGCCACCAAGGAGUUGGCGCGCGUGUCGGUGGUGGACACGGCGGCGGAGGCGGUCCGGAGCGGGCGGGUGCGGAGCUGGGUGGACCGGCAGCUGAGCGACUCGUUCCCCGUGGCGGCCGCGGAGAGGCUAGUGGAGGUGGGGCUGCGGUGCGCCGCCGAUGCCGAUGCCGAGGAGGGAAAGGAGCGGCCGGAGAUGGCGUGGGUGGCGGGCAAGGUGUCGCGGUUGUACGUGGAGUCCCGGGCGUGGGAGCGCACCCUGCAGCCGCCCUCCGACGACCUUUCCUCCGUCGCCCUCGCGCCGCGAUAGAUAGCAGCCAUUCAUCCAAAGCUGACUUUUUUCUUCUUCUUCUCUUCACAUCCAUCCACUGUCUCUCAAGUCAAAUACGUGCAUUUGAGUUGCGAAUUUGAAAGGCAAAUUCGAUUUGAUAAAAGAUACUCACAAUUGCUAAAUGUCAGUCGACUGAUCGAUUUUCGGAUUGCUCAAGA